AAAAUGCUAAGAAUAUUAUUGAUUCGUUAAAUAAUUAAAUAAAUCAAUAGAACUUAUAAUUAGAAGCAUAUAGGAAUAGAGUAAGAGAAAUUGAAAUAGAUUUAGAAUAUAAGAAUGAGUAAAUAAAAAAAUUAACAAUUGAUAACUAUUAAUUCUAGAUGAUAAUAAAUAAUUAGAAAAAUAAUUUAAUUGAUUUAAGGAGAUAAGAUUUGAAAAGUCCAAAACAAGUGCUAUGAAAUAGAUUUAAUAGACCUUUGAGCAAUUGGAGGUAUUGCAUUCAUCAAUAUGUAGAAUUCAUAAACAAAUUAUAAAAUUCAUACACCUUUGAGUCAAAAUUUAUCGAUAUCUACUUCAUCGAUGGUGGAAAUGAUAAAUGAGAUGAAAGAGUCCUCUUGA